AAACGUUGUCACUGCGCAUCAGAAGUUCAACUCUGAUCCUGGUUGACUGCAGAGUAACCAUGGUAACAGCAGCUCUGAGCUUUUAUUCUGAAAUCCAUGAAUCGGCAGAUUAACGAGCAGCUGCAGAUUUUUUGUCUGUCUCCCCAUGACAUCACUGAAACAGAGCGAGCAGCGGUCAGACUGAGGCUGGAUGAAGACUUGAAGGUUCCUCUGCAGAACGUUCUGAGUGAGAACGUGAUGGAGCCUCCUGACAGCAGCCUGACAGGCUCAGAGUCUGCAGACAGCAGCAUCGGGGACGUGGACGACCUGCCGGUCCCUCAGCAGAUCCGGAUCAGUAACAUCACCUGUGAUUCGUUUAAGAUCAGCUGGGACAUGGACAGCACAGGCAGAGAGAGGAUCACACAUUACUUCAUCGACCUCAACAAGAAGGAGAACAAGAACUCCAACAAGUUUAAACACAAGGACGUACCGACGAAGCUGGUGGCGAAGGCGGUUCCCUUGCCGAUGAAGGUGCGAGGUCACUGGUUCCUGAGCCCUCGCACAGAGUACACCGUAGCCGUCCAGACUGCCGCCAAACAGCCCGACGGAGGCUACGGCGUCUCUCGAUGGAGCGAGAUCAUCGAGUUCUGCACUGCAGAUUACUCCACCGUCCAUCUGAACCAGCUGCUGCACAAAGCCGAGGCCAUCGCCGGCAGGAUGCUGCCGUUCACCGUCUUCUACCGAAACCAGCAGCAGGAAUACUUCCAACAGGCCAGCCCCUCUUAUCGCUCCAGAGACGCUCAGUGCCAUCGGAUGCUGCCGGCAGUGAAAGACAACAGCGGCAGUCACGGAUCUCCCAUCAGUGGCAAACUGGAGGGAGUCUUCUUCAGCUGCAACACAGAGUUCAACACUGGAAAACCCCCCCAGGACUCCCCAUACGGACCCUACCGCUUCCAGAUCCAAGCAGACAUCCUUUUCAACCACAACACAAACAUCUACUUUGGGGAUUUCUACUGCAUGUACACGUCCUAUCACUACGUCAUCCUGGUCCUCGCUCCUGACGGCUCCAAAGGAGACGUCUUUUGUAAAGGGAGGCUACCGGCACUGGAUAGAUCCAACAACUGCUUCCUGAGCUGCACCGAAGAGGACGAUGGUUUGCUGUCUUUCCGUCACGCUCAGGAUGUCAUUCUGGAAGUGAUCUACACGGAGCCGGUGGAUCUGUCCUCAGGGAUGGUAACACAGAUCAGUGGGCACCAGCUCAUGAGUCAGUCCACCCUCAACGCCAAGAAAGAUCCCAGCUGCAAGAUCUGCAACAUCAGCGUGGGACGUUAGCCGGGUUCUGGACGACCAGCUAACCUGCUGAUUACUGAUACAGUGGUUAGAUCUGAGGCUGGUUGGGUAAACAUAGCAUCCACUUUAAUAAUAUGUGCACUCACCAUUAUUAUAUUACAAUUAUUAUAGCUUCAAAUGAUUCUGCUGUUAUCAGCCAACGCUUUAGAUUACUGAAGCAGAAUAACUCAAAAGCGACAUAUUGAAUUACAGAUCAUUGUUUUCAUUUUACAUACAUUAGUCUGUAAUUUAAGAAAGCAGAAAGUAAUGAAGUCUUUUUUCUGUAUGAAAUGACAAAUAACUGUAAAAUGACAGUAUUGUCUUACUUUGGUUGUUAUUUUACAAAAACUUUUUUUAAAUCUGUUUUUAUUUGGACAAACCUUUUUUUUUGUUCUUCAUUAGGAUCAGCUCAUUUCACCUUGUGUCGUAUUUCUAGUUAUAAUAUGAAUCUCACAGAGCGCUGACAUGUCGGUGUGGAGUAGAUUAAAAAUGUUUGAGAGAAUCAGCACGGACAGUUUGACAUCAUGUCACUUCAUUAAAGUGAUAUUCUGAUUAAAAUGAAGAUUGUUUGUCAAAGUUCAUUAUGAAGAAAUGAUCAUGAAGAAAAUCAGUGAAAUCGUUGGUGAAUAAGUUAAAGUUUAGAAAAUACACAGUGACAAAAAAAAAAAAAAAACAUCUAACAUAAGAAACUGCUUGAAUGAUC